UUUGAUCAAUGAGACAGAUCCAAAAAAGCCCCAGGUGUUGGAAAUGGAGGUGUGUCACUCUCGUCACCUUAAUAUGUCGUCUAUACAUGUUUAUGCUCAAGAUGCCUCAGGACGCAAGCUGGUUUCACUGGCACACACUCUUGAUGCAAACACCCUCCCUUCGCCAGCCUCCCUCAAGUGUCAGAAUGCCAGUGUAAUGGCAGAGAAAGUUGCAAUGUGCAAUGUGAGUGAAGGGGAAAGAGCAAUGAUAAUCAAAACAGCUAAAGGAGACUGGGCCAUUGUCAUUGCUGCUUGGGAAGGUCUCAGGAGAGGCUUACCUGGAACUUUAUCGAGGCGUGGCAUCCCUGGUAGUCCUGGACACUUGGUAUUAAGAGUCCAUUGUCCACCAUCUGCUCCAGCAACUAUUGUCUCCUUGCCUUAUGAUCAGCAGCUGUAUAGUUAUAAUCUUCAAGAUCUUUAUAUCGACAUGCAAAGUGGUAUUUUUAAGGUAAAUGAAAAUACAAAUGAAUGGAUAGAGAAUGUGACAUUGGGAUUGAGUGUGACGGUAUUACACAUUCUGUGCCAACCCCGUCAAAUGCCAGAAGACACAACAGAUUCCAUUGACAGUAAAAAGAUGGUUGACCCUCUCCGGCUACCAAGACGGAUACCUGUAGAAAAUCUAAAAUUACUAGUUGCCCUAGGAUUCUUCUCAGCAGCAGCUCCCACAAAUGCUUCCCGCAGGAAGAAAUCUAAACAAGAUGCAGAGGAUGCGGCAACUGGAUGCGCCAUUGGCUUCAUGGCCUGUGGAGGAGGAUGUGGGUCAUGUGGGGGCUGUGGGGGAUGUGGUGGUGGAGUGUAUGCCACAUUUGGAGCACCAGAUUAUGGUGGAUGGGUAACGAGCACUGCAGUAGAUGGAGGAACUGAUAUGACUGUUGGGGAUGGAGAUGGUGGAAUGGAUGCUUUUGCCUAUAUGUUUGGUGCUCUAGCAGGGGAUGGGGGUGAUGGAGGAGAUGGUGGUGGGGAUGGGGGAGGAGAUGGCGGGGGUUGUGGUGGCUGUGGAGGCUGUGGGGGGUGUGGAGGGUAGAUUUAGCCUGUAAUGAAGGAUAUUGUGAUAGUAGUAAGGUGCCUUUUUGUCACCAUCUUUACAGUUAGAUCUGCCUCCCAGCACACUCAGAUCUUGCAGGAAACAUGAUGUACACAGUAGUGACCUUAUACUUCAGAACUUUGUUAUAAAACUUCAGACAAAAUUAAAUGAUGUGCCAUUAUAAUACCAGGUAAGGUUUGACUUUUUUCUUGUUUUUUUUUUUUUUUUCAUAAGUGUCAGAGUAGAUAUCUUUUGUUAAAUUUAGUUUCAUACAUUUCAUAUUCAGAUAAAAGUGCGAGUGCUGAAAUGCAGGUUAUAGCAUUUCACUGCUAUACCAUUGCUAUAUUACUUGUGUAUUGUAUAUAAUGCUUAGAAAUAAAUUGCACUAAGUGCAAUUUAGAUAGCAGUGGAUAAUGAAUGUAUAUUAAUUUAUAAUGGUUACUUCAUCAAUAUUUUUAUAGCAGUAUGUGCCUGUUAAUAUUUGGGUACUUUCAGAUAAUUAUUGUUUGUGCAUGAAAACAGUGCAAGACUGUGAUGUAAGUUAGAUUUUUUUUUUUACCCUUAAAUGAACAUGUUAGUCCACAUGAAAGAAUCACACUCUUUGGAAACACUGAAAUUUCAUAAUAUACUAGAAGAGGAUAAAAUAUUGGCAUGUGCAUAUAUCUUCCUGCAUAGCAAAGUCAGUAUGAACGUUCAGUUGAGAUUUGUAGCUAUUUUUAUUAAAAUUUAAUGUUUG